AUGAAUGGCUAAUGAAAAAGGAAUUGCUUCAAGGAAAAAUGAAAUGCAAACUCUGCUAAAAGAGGAUGAAACUGGAGAAACACUCAAACGUCGACGGACUGCAGUGGAAGUGCCGACGUAAAAAACACCGAGGGAAAACGACGAAGAAGUCAGUGAGGUCUUUGUCCCUGUUUCAGAGGAGCAAAUUGUCCUUGUUCAGCUGGAUGAAAUACAUUUACAGAUUUUCCCAGGGACUGCAGCUAAGGCAAAUUGACAUGCUGCAGGAUGGCGUGGCAGGAAGCAGUCGCACGCUGUCAAAAAUUAGCCUGAAGUUGAGGAAGGUCUGCAAGAGUGCAAUCAAGAGGAGAGAAAGGAGGGGAAAGCAGAGACUUGGAGGACCAAACGAAUUUGUCAUGCUGGACGAAAGCAACUUCUACCACAAAAGGAAGUAUGGUAGGGGAAGAUUCGGUCCUACGUGGAGGAGGAGAAAAUGGGUCUUUGGAAUGCUGGGCAUCAGAGGAAAAAGGAGAAGACCUAUCCUGAGGCUGGUGAAACAAAGAUCACGGCGCCACUUAAUUCCUCUGGUCACAAAAUACGUUCGCCAAGGGACCACGGUGAUAACGGACAUGUGGAGGGCAUACACACACUGCAAUCGCAGAAAGUGGCUUUGUCCAUUUCUCUGUGAACCACAGCCGGUCAUUUGUGAACCCAGACACAGGAGCCCACACCCAAAACAUUGA